CGUGACCGUGGGCCUGCCGUGGGCUGUGGUUGAGACGAAAACGCCCGAGAAGGAAUACGGAACCCACCCAGACUUGCACCCGCCAUCCCCCGGCUGCCUCCGAUACCCCGCCCCCGCGGCCUCCGGCUUCGUAUGGUGUACGCCGAGGCCGCCAUUACGCACGCGGAAUAACCGUCUCCCAACCGCCGCGCCAACCCCACGGCCUCGCAGUACUCACUGCAUCCGCAGCAACGCCCCUCACUGGGCCCUGGCCUCUUACCUCCUCCGUACCGCCCGUAACGCGACAUGAUGCUGGCCCGCGAGCUCGGCGCUUUCCGCUCGCAGUGCCCAGGGAGCGAGGAAUACAAAAGCUGCGAAACCCAGUGAGUGGCCAACGGUCCCGGCGGCACUACGAGGAAGAGUCUGGGUUCGCGCUUAUAUACGCGGCGGCGGCUUCUCUCUGCGCAUGCGUCAUCUCGACGUUCUGCGCGGCACAAAGGAGCUGGGCGGAAACAGCGGAGGGGCGGCGCGGAGGGAACUGAAGGGGCUAAGACGCUGGGAACGGGCGGAGGGAUACGUUUCCAUGGGAACGCCAGACCUCGCCGGUACACUACACCGGCCUUACGAAAGGCUGUAAAAUUUAACCGCUGAUGUUGCAGCUGUCGCCGCCUUUCUGCGGGGGGACCUGGCUUAGACUGCUGCUCAGUCGUCUCCGGGGCUCAUCAGAGGUAAUCGGGAGUUUGGCCAGGAUGAGAAUAUUCUAAUGCUGCACCCACACUAUUAGUUUGUCUGCCUCCGUUGUAACAGCGACACCUCAGGCUGUAGAAGAAGUGAGCUCAGUUGGGAGAGCAGGAGCUACCCUCAUUGCGGCCACAUCACUCCCUGUCAGAUACUGCCCAUCUCUAAAGUAAGGAAGCAAAUAUGUCACUUACUCUAAGUAAAAGAGAAAAUGAUAAGGAGAAUGUCUUUACAUCAUUUACUCUAAGUAAGGCAGAAAGUGAUGAGGACAAAUUUGAAGAUGCCUAUGAAACUAUCCCUGUGGCAACAACAAUGAAUCUAAUGUCUUCCUUAGAAGAAUGCACAACUGGAUUGUAUUUAUUUCUAAAUAAUAGAUUCAAAGAGGCCAUAGAUCUUAUUCAUCCAUGGUCAAAAAAAAGUAUAUACCAUGCUCUAAUUUAUAAUAUCCUUAUGGUUGUUAAGGCCAUCUUGACUUUUGACCCACUGGAUAUACAGAUUGGAAUGACUACCACAAAGGAAGCUUUGAAAACCUGCAAUGGUUUCCGAAGAAAAUCUAGGAUGACAAGUUUUUCUCAUCUAGUGAAUAAACAGGGAAUAAAGGCUAUCAAAGAAGAGGAAUUGCAUGCAGAAGUCUGCUAUGCUGAGUGCUUGAUUCUGAAAUCCACUGUAACGUUUAUACAAGACGACAGUAUGUUUGCUUUCCUUAAAAGUGCAAUCAACAUCGGGUUAAGUUAUCAAAUAUACAAAGACUGUCAACAAGUAUUAACACAGAUACCUAACAACCAGAGCAAAACCUACAGACAUCUGGUUGGAGGAGUAAAAUUUGGACUUGGAGCAUUCAAUCUGAUAUUAUCACUUGUGCCACCAAAGACCCUUAAACUACUCAAUAUUGUUGGAUAUUCUGGUGAUAGAGACGUGGGCUUGACUUUGCUUUAUGAGAGUGCAUCUGAAUCCCAUAUAAACAAUAUCUUAAGUGUUCUAACUCUACUCUUUUAUUACAGUUAUAUCUUUGUAGCUUUUGGUGUUGAAAAGGGUCACAGUUCUGCUGUAGAGGACCUCUUCCUAAUCUACCUCCAGAAAUUUCCAAACUGUGUCAUACUUAAAUUUUUUCAUGCACGUUUUAGUAUGCUGAAAGGAAAUUUUAAAAAUGCACAGUUAGUAUUAGAGCAAUGCAUUUUUAUUCAAAAUGAAUGGAAGCAGUUUCAUCACCUCUGUUAUUGGGAACUCAUGUGGUGCCAUGUUUUUCUGCGGAAUUGGAAGCAGGCUUACCACUAUGCUGACCUACUGUCUCAUAAGAGCAGGUGGUCCAAGACAAUAUAUGUAUACAGUAAAGCUAUGCUACUCGCCUUGCUUCCUUCUGAGUCUGUCAAAUCAGAGAGUGAGGACCUAAACUCUCUCUUCUUAAAAGUGGAUAGCCUGAGAAUCAAAAUUUUAGGAACUUCUGUGCCAAUAGAAAAGUUUGUUGCUGAGAAGGGCCAGCGCUAUGGCACUACUACAGGCUGGUUUACUGCACAGCCCAUCCUGGAAUUCAUUUAUGCCUGGAGUGGUUUCCGAGUCAUGAGUAAAAAACUAGACCUUAUUUCAAGCUGGUUAUCAAUAAUUAAUAGAGGAGAAGACCUUUUACGAGAAAAUCCAAAUAAAGAGUAUGGCACAGAUGACAUAAGUUUGUUAAAUUUACUGAAAGGUCUAUGCCUGAAACAUUUAGGCAGAUAUUCGACAGCUGAGCAUUACUUUAAUCGUGUCAUUCAAAAGGAGAAGUUGUUAAAAUAUGACCACUAUUUGGUGCCAUACACUUAUUACGAACUAGGAAUUCUUCACUACCUAAAAGGAGAUUAUGAGAGUGCAACAAAAAACCUAGACAACAUAAAAAACUACAAAGACUAUUCCAUGGAAGCCCGAUUACAGUUUAGGACUCACAUAGCUCUUGAACAAAUAGCUAAAGAAAAGCGAUGGUCUUGACACAAACCAAACAAAGUGUGGUUUUGUUUAUUAUGAGUGAAGUAUCUGCAAUCAGCAAGGUAAUUAGCAGUCAAAAAAUUAUUUCUUUGUUGAAGAAAUCCAAGAAGAGGCAGCUGCUAAGAAUCUGAUCAGUAACAAGAAAGGAAUUGGCCAUUACUUUUCCCUCUUUCCCUCUCCUUACCUAUAAAAUGGAAUGUCUUAGACUGGCAAA